AUGGAAUAUUCUAUGGCUACGUCUUUGUGGUGCGUACUUAGCCCGAGUACCGGCAUUCCACUGAUAACGCCACCUGCUGAGAUCGCCUAUCAGUUUCACUCACCUAACUGGUCGGAAUGGGACGUGUACGCCACUAGAUGGUCAACCUACGCUGCUCCCAGCUUUGACUACGUGUUUCUACCCGAGACUGAGAGAGACCUGUCUAUAGGGCUCGAAUAUCUAUCGGCCAACUGCAUACCGUUGCUCGUCCAAGGCGGUGGGCACGGGUAUUCGCCCUCUCUAGGAACCAAAAGGGAUGUUGUCCAAGUAAACCUGGAUCGCUUUGAUAAUAUCGAGAUUCACUCGGAUGGGACCGUCAGCGUUGGAGGGAGCGUGAGGUUUGAAGACCUGGUCACAAGUCUAUACAAAGCAGGCAGAGUAAUGAGUGAGCUGAACCCCAACGCUGAAUGGCCGCCGGUUAGAUCGCAGUUGACUGACCGCCUGCGCAACCUAGCUGUCGGCUCUUGUCCAUGUGUUGGAUCUACUGGCGCGAUGCUGGGCGGCGGCGUUGGACGCCUGCAGGGAAAGUAUGGCCUGACCAGCGACGUAGUGCAGAAGUUCAGAAUCUUACUCUGGAACGGGACUGUAGUCGAGGCUUCGGACUCCGUCAACUCGAAUCUUUUCUGGGGAAUGCAGGGCGCUGGGCACAACUUUGGCAUCGUGACCGAAACAAUAUACAGAACCUGGCUACAGGAAAAUAGCGGAACACAUUAUAGUGCCGACCAGUACUUCACGGACGACUCGUUGCAUGGUGUUUUACAGAGACUCAACACCAUCAUUGCCAACCAGGACCCGGGACUAGGGAUCAAGACUGGCUUUAGUCUUAGCAUAGUAUACCAAGGCGGAACCGAAUCUGGGCGCCUUUAUGCCGAUAUAUUUGCCUCCACUCCAGCCAACGCCAGUCACCAUCCAAUGAACCGGGUCUUCAUCAAUGAGACCGUCGUGCCCUGGAGUCAGCUCGACUUCGUCGCCUCGAACGGAACCAUUGCCACGGCUUGCAACAAAGGCUUGAAGCAGAACGCCUACAGCGCAAGCCUCCGAGCCUUUGACCCAUCCACCUUUGUGGAGCUAUACGCCGCGUACCGCUCGUUCAUCGCCGCAAACCCGACAGCUUCCUUAUCCUAUAUGGUGUUCGAAGUCUUCGGGCAACAGGCCGUGAAUAGUCGAGUAUCAGAGUUAGCAGCAUUCCCCCACCGCGGCAAGAUCAAUGUGCUCGCAUUACUCGUGAUGGUCUACCAAGAUGAUGCGGUGGCGGAAGUGAGCGACAAAUUUGGCAGGACCUGGCGUGACGUGCUCCUUCAACCAGAGAUCUCGGGCUAUGGGCGGCCAGUCGUGUACCAAAACUACGCGCACGGUGACGAGCCGUUGGCCGCCGUUUACGGGUACGAGGUGUGGCGGCAGGAGAAGCUUACCGCGCUGAAGAGGAAGUUUGACCCGCAUGAGGUGUUCAGUGGGUAUCAUGGCAUUCCGGUGGAACUGAGCGGUUGGGCGUAA